AUGGCUGCCCCCUACGCAGACCCAAUGGCACAGCAAGCUUUCCAGCAGCCACUUCUGCAGCAAGGAUACCAGCCGGCAGCCAUGCCAUAUGCAGCGCAAGGAUACGGUGACCAGCAGGCCGCGAUGUCAUAUGCAGCGCAAGGAUAUGGCGACCAGCAGGCCGCGAUGUCAUAUGCAGCGCAAGGAUAUGGCGGCCAGGCCGUGGCACAAGAUCCACAGUAUGCCAAGCAACAAAAGAAGUUGCAGAAGGAACAAGAGAAGCGUCAGCGCCUUGAGAGGGUCCGCGAGGCUCAGACGAAGCAGGCCAAGUCGGAUAAGGAGAAUUUCUUGAUGUUCAUGUCCGCCGCUUUGAUUGGCCUCGGUAUCCUGCUUGGUCUCACCAUGGUCGGACCAUCGUGGGGUGUCAAGGAAUUCACCGGCUUGGGUAUCGGCCUGGUGAGCAUGAAAACAUCGCUCUUCAAGAUCGAGAUUGACGUCUCCUGCGACAAGUCCUUCGUCUUGGAGAGAGUAGCCUGCCGGAAAAUCAUGAAGUGGGACGGCGUCUUUGACCUUCAGACGUCCCAGGGCAAUGCCUGUGUGCUGAACCCAUCGGCCUGCGACGUGAUGUCACGGACAUACAUGGCAAGCUUCCCGCUCUUCGGGUUGAUCUCCUUGGCCGUGCUCUCCAACUUGGGCGCCGCAUUCUGCUUGUUCUCUUACUCAAAAGCGCUGGCAGAUUCCUCACUCCGUGCAUGGACGGGGACACUCACCCUUUUGGGUCCGGCAUUUGCGACAGGCGGCAUUGUCGCCUGGGCACUCUUGAUGCCAGAUCUGGGAGAGAUCCCAACAUCUUGGGCGGCGACGGUCGGGCAACUCGCUCCGGGGCUUUCGUACAGCGAGACACGUGACUUCCAGUUCGGAUGGACCUUCUUUGCAGCUUGCAUCAUAGACUUCUGCAUGAUUAUCACAGCUUUCUGCUGGAUGUGCAUGUUCAAGCGCAAUGAUGAAGAAGAACUAGAAGUCGCAAAGCAGGCUGCUGCUGACAGGGCAUUCUGCGAUACGCUGGAGGAGGAGCGUGCCUUGGGCUUCACGAAAGCAUCCGAGUUUGCUCCCGGCACCGCCGCCGCCUCCGCCAGUUUGGGCGAGACCGGCAACUUGGGCCACUCUUGCCUUUCUGGCCGGGCUGGCCCUCGCAGCGCGCUGGGCAUGGAAGAAGCUUCGGAAGCGGUCAACCACAACGAAGAUGCUUGGUCGGUCGCAGAGAUGUAUUUCCAGUUGGAGAAGAGUGCUGGCGCUCCUACAAAAGCCGCCGCACCAUCCAGCAGCAUGCCAAAGGCUGCAGCGCCGUUGCCUCCGGCGCCUCCAAAACUGCCAACCGCCCCGAUGCCCACAAAGGCACCUCCGACUCCGCAAACCGAUGAGCUGAAAGGGGAAACGGCUGCGCCGGCAGCCAAACCGCCUGCACCAGUGUCUACACCUCCUCCUGCCACACCCGCGGCGGCGCCACCACCCACAACUGCACCCAUCCCACCCGCUGCGCCCCCACCAGCUGCCAAAACUCAACCGCCAGCAGCACCGCCACCGCCAGCAGUCCCGCCACCACCCCCAGCCGAAGCCGAGCCCACGCCAGCUGAGUCUCAGAGCGAGACAUCCGCUUCGGAGGCUGCUGCGUCUGCAUCAUCCUCUGACUCAAAGAAAACCGAGGCGAAAGAGAAGAAAGGCUUCGGUUGGCUGCUGAACAGGAGCAAGUCGGCAGAGGCACCCCUCCUGGCAGAGCUUCUGCAGGAGAAGGACUCCAGUGAUGGUGAGGUGCCAACUGUUUAUCUUCGUGCGGUCGCCAGCGAGCUAUGUGUCGAUGCACCAAGUGGCGUGUUCGAUGACACCGAGGGCCUGAAGGUGGUUCCUGCUUCUGUACGGGACUUGGUUCUCAGAGCAUCAAGCCGCUCUUCCACGCCUUGCUACUAG